AUGCCGAAAAUCCAAGUAGGAGCUUCCAAGGCCAAGUCCGCCACGAAGGCGACGACGACCAAGCCUGCCAAGCAAGCGAAAGAAGUGAAGGAGAAACGCGAACCAAGCGCAUACAACAUCUUCAUCAAGACUGAGAUGGCGACAUGGCGCCAGGCUAAUCCUGGGAAGAAGGUCACCGAAGCCAUGAAGGAGCUCGGCGCGAUGUGGCGCGAUCACCCCAGCAAUCCCAACCGCGGCAAGGCACCUAGGUCGAAGUCGAAAGCCGUCUCCGCGAAGGAAAAAGAGAAUGCUCUCCCUGGCGUUCUUCCAGACAGCGAUGAUACCGUACCAUCCAGUGACGACUGA